AUGGCGAACUUACAACAACAGCUGAAUGAGCUAGCCAGCCAACUGAAUGAGCUCCCGAGUCAAACACAGCCUCACCCUAAAGGUUCUUUUGAGGAAGGCACAUCUGGUGCUAAGACAACUCAUCGUGUCCAGGAUGCUACUACUCUCAUAAGUGGACGAGUCAUUGACAAUCAUGUUAGUGAUCUCGAGGAGAAAGAGCAAGAUAGGAAGCCGCCUACCAUCACACAGGUUAUUCCUUCAACACAUAAAGAAACCGCUGAAACCGAAAAAGGUAAUUAUGAUAUUUAUUAUGUUCCUCGUGCUCCUUUUCCUCAAGCGUUACUACCUCGUAAUAGGGGAGAUACCCCUAAUAACAUCCUAGAAGUGUUUAAACAAGUAAGCUCGAUUAUUACACAGAAAACUCCAUCCAAAUUUAAGGAUCCAGGUUGUCCUACGAUUGCUUGCACUAUAGGAGAACAUAGGAUUGAACAUGCAUUGCUAGAUUUAGGGGCCAGUGUGAAUCUCUUGCCAUACUCUGUGUAUGUGCAAUUAGAACUUGGUGAUUUGAAAUCCACUAAUGUUACUCUCCAAUUGGAUGAUGGGUCCAUUAAAAUUCCUAGGGGAGUGGUAGAGGAUGUUGUUAUACAUGUUGAAAGUUUUGUUUAUCCUGUUGAUUUUAUUGUUUUGGAUACUCAACCUGUUUCUAAUCCUAGUGGGCAGAUUCCUGUCAUCUUGGGUAGACCUUCUUGGCUACCUCGAAUGCGGUUAUCAAUUGUCGAAAUGGAAUCAUGGAGCUUACUUUUGGAAAUAUGA